CGCGGGACCCGAGGAUGCCGUGGGAGCCGCCCCGGCUGCGCUCAGUGAACAGCCGGCAGCCGUCGUCCGUGAUCUUCUGUAACCGCACGUGCCGCCAGGUGCUCCCCUUCUGGGUCAACUUCGAGGGGCAGCCGACGCCCUACCAGAUGCUGCUGCCCGGCACCGGCCGCAGGAUGACCAGCUACCUGGGUCAUUUUUGGUUAUUCAGAGAUGCAAAUACAGGUGAUGGACUUCUUGUUAACCAGACUGAAUUAUUUGUGCCAUCUCUCAAUGAAAAUGGACAGCCUGUUUUUGCCAACAUCACACUUCCAGUUUAUACACUGAAAGAGAGAUGUCUUCAAGUUGUUCGUUGCCUAGUCAAGCCUGAGGACUACAGGAAACUGGACAUCGUGAGGUCAUUGUAUGAUGACCUGGAAGACUACCCAGAUAUCCAGAAGGACCUUAGGAGACUUUCCCUGGAAUAUCUUGAGCAGCAAGUGGAUGGAGAUUAAGAUAGGAACUCCUGAGUCUGCUGUGGAAGGCAUGGAGUGAUUUUCUCUAGCCAUGGUACUGUGACUUAACUGGCAAUUUCAGGGUAUCUCUCCCUCAAGAACUAAAAUUUAUUCCAGUGAUAAUGGUUGCUUCAAAAAUUAGAACAUUAACGUUUAAACUCUGUAAUUGAGAUGGUAAACUGUCAUUGAAUUCAUUAGGCCUUGUGAUAUUUAGGAGUUAGGAACACAAAAUGCAUUUUAAUGAGUGUCAUCUUGAGGAAUAUUGUUUACCUUCUGAUAGCUUGGCUGUUGUUCACUAAUCUGGGUGCUCUGACUGAUAGGAUGCAAACUUCUCCUGAAUAGGGAUACCCAAAAACCCUGGACCAGAUGACCUGCAGAGUAGCUUCUGGCUCUCAAUAUAUGAUCUACUGUGGUUUACCAAGUUAGGACUAUGGCCAGGAGGCUUUGGAUCAGUUUAGGCUAGUUCUUACUCUGUCAGGCAGUGUUGUAUAUACAUAAUCCAUUUGUUUUCCUUUGUGGAUAAUAAGGAUUUAUCUAGAUGGUUGUAAUUGAUCUGAAAUAUAGAAUUUAAAAACAUUUAUCUUGUAGGAAAAAAUCAAGAGGAAUGUUUAUGGGAGACGAUUAAUCUGACUCCUCGUGAUUCAGGACUGCUUAUGUACAAGGUAUUUUGAUGGGGAAAAGCAUAUUACUAAACACUAAAAGUAUAUUGUAAUACUUGUGAAACUAAUAGCAUAGAUUUUAAUAACAAGUUUUUAUUUGAAAGUGUUUGGGAAGCUUUUCGUGGGUGGGACGUGUAAAAACUAAGGUGAUUUUUCAUUUUGUGAGGCAGUCACUUUUUAGAGGGCACUUUUGAUAAUUUUCUAAGUUUUAUUUUUUCAAAAAACCAGGGCAGUACUACUAUGUAAGUGUUUCUAAGCUGUGACUGUGUUAAACUAUGUCUUGGUUUCUGCAUAGUGAACAAGGGAACAUUAUCAGUCUUUGUAUUUCAUUCUAGCCUUAAGCACCAACUGUGAAGGCAAGAACUUAAUAGUACUAUGAAUGUUGUUUGUAUAGUUUCCUUUUUUAUAUAUCUAUGAUGUAUAUAUUCAUCUAUGCCAUCAUAUUUCACAAAGCACAAUUUUUUGAUCAUCCACUAUAAUUUUUCUACCUGAGGAAAUGCUUUUAUAUUUCUAUAUUUAUCCUACUAUGUAUUUUAAAGGACUAUGUAUAUAUAUGGAAUAUGGUGAAUUCACCUCAAUUUAUCCUUUAUAAACUUAACUUCUUUGUUAUGGACUGGAUUUAAUUUCAUUAAUUUCAAGCCCUCCAAGAGACAAUCCGUAAAGGUUCACCUUUUUUCCCCUUUAUUUUCCUUUUCCUGUGGUAAAGGGUUACCAAAUACUGACUGUUGGAUGCAGAGUUCUUGUGUUCUGACUUGGCAGAGGGGCAGAGGCAGAGGCCGAAGCCAAUGAAAUAAUGAGCAAUUAUUCCACCACACCUUCACGUUAAAAUCCCACUUUCUUUCCUUUCAUCUUUAAGUCCUAGAGCACUUUUUCUCCAAUGUUUCCUAACCUUUCUCAUUUCAUUUCAUGUCUAAUUGUCUUUUUUUCCCCCUAUGGAUUAUAGUAUAAGCCAGGAGUGGGGGUGGGGGGUGAAGUUUGAAUUUAGUCAGAGGGUUGCAAUUGAGGACCUAAAGGGCCACAUGUGGCCUAGAGGUCCCAGGUUCCCCUGGUGUAAGCUAUUGUGUGGGAAAGGUAAUGAUCCCAUACAUUUUGCAGAGGAGGCAGGUUUGCAGUGCUGGUGGAAAGGGCAGAGAUAUACAUGUUAAAAUGGGAGUCACUGGGUUUAUUCUUGGUUUCUUCUUCAGAGACAGUAGGGCAUCAUGGAUUCAGGACACACAGGCUCUAGGCAAGUCCCUUAGAAGACUUAGUGCCCUGGGUAGCUAAGACGGUGGUAGAGGAGGCCACGGCUUACUUUCUCAUUCUUGAAGUCCCCGGACUCCCCCCGCAAUGAUCCUUACUUAGCCUCAUUUUCUUAAAGCCUCUCUCUGAUCUUAGGCCUUCCUUCAUGAUGAAUUUUUUUCUUGUUGAAUCAUGCAGUUUGUGUAUUGUUUCUGAUACAGGCUGUCUGAGGACCACUGGCUGCUAGGCAUGUUGCAUUUUCUGUUUAUAUUUCUGUGAUUCUUAUUAUCAUUUUUAAUGAGAUUGUACAAUUUUUGGUCUCAGCUACAAUUUGGCAUUAAACAAUACUGAGCAGAAUAAAGAAGUGGGUCCAUAGACAGGCCCUUGUUUUGUUGUUUUCAUG